UAACUAUCUGUAUGGAAACCCUAAUAAAAAAGUCACACAAAAAGGCAGAGGCUUUACUCACGUUGUGCAUAUUAUCUCGCGAUAAUGAACGUUAUCUUGGAGGCUGACGUCAUUCCUUGUAUAUAAACGUGACCUCUUUUGUCCAACCAGCUUUCAGUAAAAACUAGGGGGAAGCGCGCGGAAUGACAGCGUCUGUGUUUCGCUUCACAGUCUUCUCUUGUUGUUCACCAUGGCGUCGUUAGGCAAAAAAGUGCGCGCAAGUCAUGCCAAUACCAGCUCUCAGGCUUCCAACAACAUAGGAAGGAUGCUACAGGGUAGUCAGACCGAUGGGACUGGACCAGAGGGUCAUUUCGUGGAUGGAUCGAUACUUCGCAUCACCAUGAAAAACUUCCUUACUUAUGAUAACUCCAUGGUGCAUCCUGGAGCCAAUCUGAACAUGAUCGUUGGAGCCAAUGGAACUGGCAAGUCAAGCAUUGUGUGUGCCAUCUGUCUGGGUCUGGCUGGCAAGACCUCAAUCCUGGGCAGAGGCGACAAGAUUGGGCUCUAUGUCAAACGCGGGUGUACUAAAGGAUUUAUUGAGAUUGAACUGUACAGGACUGGUGGUAAUGUAGUGAUAAACAGAGAGAUCCAUGUAGACAAUCAGUCACUGUGGAUGCUGGAUGGAAGAAUCUGCAACCAGAAAGAAGUGGAAGAAGUGGUCAAGGCUCUGCAAAUCCAAGUCAGCAACCUCUGUCAGUUUCUGCCUCAGGAAAAAGUGGGAGAGUUUGCCAAGAUGUCCAAGAUUGAGUUGCUUGAGGCAACGGAGAAGUCAGUGGGGCCACCAGAGAUGUACGAGUACCACUGUGAGCUUAAAAACUUCCGCGGCAGAGAAAGGGAACUGGAGAACGUUGUGAAGGAGAAGGCCAGUUUCCUGGAGAAGGCCAAACAGAGGAAUGAGAGGAACAAACAUGAUGUCAACCGUUACUACGAGAAGAAGAGACAUCUGGACGUGAUUGAGUUACUCGAUAAGAAGAAACCGUGGGUGGAGUAUGAGACAACCCGUAAGCAGCUAGAGGGAGUUAAAAAAGAGCGAGACGAAGCCAAAAAGCAGCUCUCUGCCCUGAAGCAGGCACACGCGCCCAUGCUGAGGAAGAUCGACACGAUUGAUAACCAGCUGAAACCGUCUGAGGCACAAAUAAAGGCUAAGACCAAUGCCAUCAAAGAAGCCUCCAUUAAGUCCAAACAGAUAAAGGAUCAGUUGGAUCGAAAAAACAAAGAGAUUGAAAAUAUUAAACAAACACAAAAAAUGAAGCAGUUUGAAGCGGAAGACCACCAGAAGGGAAUCAGCAACACCAGGCGGACCAUUGAGGCCUUUAAGGAAGAGCUCGCCAAAGUUACAGACCAACCCGAUGUGAUGCCGCAGAUCAAUGCUGUCAAUAUCGAGCUGAGGCAAAUCCGAGAGGAAAGAACCAAGAUCGAAGGGGAGAAGUCGGACCUACGCAGGGAAAAAGACAACAUCCAUGCGGAGUCAAAAAUGUUGGAGAGAAAGCUCAGGGACAUGAACAAUAUGAUGAACGCCAAAGAGGAGAAGCUGAGAGGACGCCACAGGGACACCCACACUGCCCUCCUGUGGCUUAGAGAGAACAGACAACUCUUUGCUGGAAAUGUCCAUGAGCCAAUGAUGCUGGUGAUCAAUGUGAAAGAUCAUCGCUUCGCUAAGUUUGUGGAGAACCACAUCUCAUUCCAGGACCUGAGGGCUUUUGUCUUCCAGAGAAAGGACGACACGGAGAAGUUCAUGAAGGAGGUCCGUGACAAGAAGAACCUGAGGGUGAACUCCAUUACUGCUCCAGAGGACUCAUGUUCUAUUAAACAGCCGUCUAGAAAUAUUGAGUCCCUAAAGCACUUUGGGUUCUUCACCUACCUACGGGAGACGUUUGACGCGCCUGAUGAGGUGAUGAGUUACCUCUGCCAACAGUACAAGGUGCACGAUGUCCCGGUGGGCAAUGAAAAAACCAAAGCCAUGAUUAAAACGGUGAUUGAGGAGCCUUACCUCAAGGUGUUAUACACAUCAGAAGAGAGGUACACAUUGAAGAGGUCCCAUUACUCCAACAAGAUCAGCACCAAUAACUCUUCAGUGUACCCCUCUCAGUACCUCACCAUCACUGUGGACGCUAAAGAGAAACAGCAGUUGGAGCAGCAGAUGAAGGCCUGUGAGUCGAAGUUACGAGACAUUGAUGAGCGACUGACAACCCUGCAGUUAGAAGCUGCCACACUGGAUCGGCGUGACAAUGAAUUAUUGGCAGAGAAGAAGCGCCUCUCUGAAGUGAAAGGCAAAAAGCGACAACUGGAGCAGAAGAUCAGUACCAAACAGGACAGUCUGAGGCAGAUGGAGCAGAAUGUCAUUGACCUGCAGAAGAUUGAAGAGGAGACUCAAGAGAAAUGUGCAGCCGUCAAUUCCCAGAAAGUUUCCUUAGUCACAGCGAUGACGGCCCAAAUGAAGCUGAAGUCGAAGCUGACUAUAGAGAAGGUUUACCUGACUUUGGAGAAGGUGGGGCUGAUGGCUGAGAAGACCAAACUGGAGAAUGAUUGUCGAGAAGGCGACUCUGAUCUCCAGACCACUGAGCAAAAAUGCAACCGUCUGGAGCAAGGGAAGGUUCAGCUGACAGAACAAUGCAAAGGCCUGAUGAAAAGAGCCAAGAUGAUCUGCAGGAUGCAGCAUGACGAGUCAUUACCUGAGGAGCUGCGUGAAGCUUUCAGUAAGCUGCCUGACACGCUGGAUGAUAUCGACACCAUGUUGAACGAGGAGCGGUCCAGAGCUGACUGCUUCACUGGCCUCAAUGAAAAUGUUGUUGACGAGUACAACAGGAGAGAGCAGGAGAUCAAACGUCUGGAGAAAGAGCUGGAAGAAAACAGCAAUGCCCUAAACUCAUACCGACAGAACAUAUCAGAGGCUAAGGAGCGCUGGCUGAACCCACUCAAGCAGCUGGUGGAACUGAUUAAUGAGAGGUUCAGUGAUUUCUUCCGCUCCAUGCAAUGCGCAGGAGAGGUUGAUCUGCACUCGGAGAACGAGGAAGAGUAUGACAAGUAUGGGAUCAGAAUUCGUGUGAAGUUCCACAGCAGCACUCAGCUCCACGAGCUGACGGCGCACCAUCAGAGCGGAGGAGAGCGCAGUGUCUCCACCAUGCUUUACCUUAUGGCCCUGCAGGAGCUCAACCGCUGCCCCUUCAGAGUGGUGGACGAGAUCAACCAGGGAAUGGAUCCUGUAAAUGAGAGAAGAGUCUUUGACAUUGUGGUCCGCACGGCCUGCAAAGAGACGACAUCGCAGUACUUUUUCAUAACACCAAAACUGUUGCAGAAUCUUCAGUACGCUGAGAAUAUGACCGUGCUUUGUGUCCAUAAUGGAAGCCAAAUGCUUUCUCCCAAGCAAUGGGACGAGAACGUCUUCAUCAGACGAAGACAAAAGCUAAGGAAUGAAUCCAUCAUCGAACCUGACCUGCCUGAUUAAAACUGUUCCUAUAAAAUAUUAAGGAUUAUUUGUUUUGUUGGAGGUAUGAUAUAAUAUAGUCCUGAUGGGACUCAAUUGCACUUGCACAAAAGCUAUACCUCAGUGUUUUCUAUUCCUUAAGAGUUCAACAUUUGUUAUAAUAACAUAUUCAGCUGUUUUUUUGUUUGUUUAAAUAAAUGAAGAAUAUUCUUUAAA